UUUUUGAUUUCAUUUUGGCUCAAACGAGGCUCCAUACACGAAACUCGACCUUUGCGCACAGGGAAGUUUCGUUUUUCUUGUACUUCCCCGCCUCUUGUUGAUUAACGCUACCAGGAAAUUCAGAUGCUGGGCUUUCUUCCGAGCAGGGACACGUUAGCUUUUGUGUCCAGACUGAAAGAACAUGUUACUGACGGACAACAUGUGGAGCUGCGUGUGCGCGCUCAUCCUGGCCUUCGCUGCCCACUGCACAGUGGUGUCCGGAGUCCUCAGCAGCCCCGCAAAUGUCCAGCUGACGUCCACCAACAUGAACCUGGUUCUGAGGUGGGACCCACCUGCAGGAGCCCCCGGGGACCUCCUCUAUACAACUGAGUUAAAGAGCACGGUUUCACAGUUCAAUCCAGGCUGCGUGAACACCUCCGCUCUGGAAUGUGACCUGACCUCCUUAGUCAUCAGCAUCUAUGGAAGGUACACCGGCAGGGUGAAGGCCCGGCGGGGUGCGCAGAGCUCAGAGUGGGUCCUCAGUGAGGAGUUCGUGCUGGACAAACAGACCUCCAUCGGUCCUCCCAACGUCUCUCUGCAUUCAAACAGAGCCAACCUGGAGGUCAGCAUCAAAGAUCCGGUGUUUGUGAAGUCGACCCUGAGAGAGAUCUUCACCUCUGCCACCUACAACAUCACCUACUGGAAGAAGGAGCAGAAGAAAGAGCUCAAACACAUCAACGGCUUACAGCAGAACCGGGUGGUUCUACACUCCCUGGAUCCCUGGACUGAGUACUGUGUCCAGGUCCAGGUCAUUGCCAGCGCGGCCCAGAAACCAAGCAUGCCCAGCAGAGUCGUCUGCGCCAGCACCACCGGCGAGAAAGAACCCCCCUGGGUGGGUGCGGUGGUCGCGUUUUUCGUCUUGGCGGGAGUCGUGGCUCUGGUUGUGUUAGUGGUGUAUUACUGGAGAAGCUUCUCCCACUUUCUUUGCCCAAAAUAUGCGAUCCCGGAUCACUUUAAAAAGUCUCUUCUGGCUCCUCCUAAGUCCUCCAUGUACCUGGCGAUGCAGACCUCUCAGCCCGUGGAGGAGUUCAGUGACCAGAUCAGUGUUGUGAUGUGCAGCAGGUCUGAGGACGGCAGUCUGCAGCAAACAGCCGGCUGAGGAGAAGAGACGACAGCCGUUUGUCUCAGUUGUUCUUGAGACACUUUAUUUCCUCUAGAGGGUGCUACUGAGCAGCAUGGACGAUGAUUGCUUCAGCAGAUGAUUUUUUUCUCUCACAGAAAAAUGUCCUGCUUCAGUCUUUUCCAGAUAUAUUUUUUUUUAUCAUUUUCAUAUGAAGAAACAAUUGUGCAAAAAUCUGAGUCCAAAUAUGUUUUCAUACAAACCCAGAAGCAUGGAAAGAAGCAGUUGUUCUGACAUGCAAACGGAAGAACAUGAGUCCAAUAUUCUUCAAUAUUGAUGAGACACUUUUUUGGUUGAAGCAGAAUUUUAAGCUAAAUUGCUACAGCUCUUAUGUUAAGAACGUUUUAUUAGUUUUGGAAUACUUUUUGGGUAUUAAAUGUUUAUUUAAAGUGA